AUGGCACCAUACAAAGCUAUGUAUGGGCGAAGGUAUAGAUCACCAAUUGGUAGGUUCGAAGUUGGCGAUUCAGAUUUGUUAGGACUUGAUUUGGUCUAUCAGGCUAUAGAGAAAGUCAACAUGAUUCAAGAGCAUUUGAAGACGGCUAAGAGUCGCCAAAAGUCCUAUUUGGACGUGCGGUGUAGGGACUUAGAGUUCCAAGUUGAUGAUUGGGUAUUUCUAAAAGUUUUGCCUAUAAGAGGCGUUAUGAGACUUGGGAAAAGGGGAAGCUUAGUCCCUGAUAUUGGGUCAUAUAGAAUCAUGCGAAGGAUUGGGCAGAAAUUCAUUGGAGACCCGUCACUUGUGGUUCCUACGGAGAUUAUAGGGGUUAAAGAUAGCCUGGCUUACGAAGAAAUUCCAGAGGCUAUUCUUGAUCGUCAAAUCUGCAAGUUCAAAACUAAGGAAAUUGCUUUAGUGAAAGUGCUUUGGAGGAAUAGAAAGGUUGAAAAGCUACGUGGGAAGCCUAAGAGAACAUGA